CCCACCGCUGCUGCUGCACACCACGAGACAACCACGAACGAUGAAGGGUGGGAGUGAACGGGACGUGGUGAACGAGAGCACAGACGAGCUCCUGCACCACAUGCACAAGGACGCCGACAAUGUGGCUCAUCCAAUCAACAACAUUGAGGACAAAUGGAGGCUGCUGCCUUCCUUCUUGCAGCUAAAGGGCCUUGUGCGCCAGCACGUGGACUCGUUCAACCACUUUGUUGAGAUUGAUAUCCACAACAUCGUCAAAGCCAACAGCAAGAUUGUCUCCGACGUCAACCCACGCGUUUACCUGGAGUAUACGAGCAUCCGUGUGGGCGAGCCCGUGAUCCAGAACGGCCCCUUUGACGACCACGACGUCACGCCAAUGGAGUGCCGGCUGCGCAACACGACGUAUGCGGCUCCCAUGCAUGUGAACGUCAGGCUCUCCCUCAGCGGCGAAGUGCGCAACUACAACGACAUCUUGAUUGGCCGGCUGCCCAUCAUGCUGCGGAGCAAGAAGUGCCGUCUCUUUAAGGCCAACGACGAGCAGAUGGCGAAGAUGGGCGAGUGCCCGCUCGACCCAGGAGGGUAUUUCAUCAUUGGUGGCACGGAGAAGGUGAUUCUCAUGCAGGAGCAGCUCAGCAAAAACAGGAUCAUUGUCGAACGCGACAGACACGGGGAGAUGUCUGCCUCGGUCACGUCGUCCUCGGCCGAGCGAAAGACGAAGACAAUCAUCAAUAUGAAGCGUGGUAACUUCAUGCUCAAGGUGAACAUGCUUGCCGAGGACGUACCGCUGGUUGUGGUGCUCAAGGCGAUGGGGAUGACGUCCGAUCAGGAGAUUCUCCAGUUCAUCGGCGCAGACGAGCAAUCGAUGGAGCUGUUUGGACCGUCCCUCCAGCAGUGCGCAGAGCUCGAGGUCUUCACCCAGGACCAGGCACUGCGCUAUCUUGGGACAAAAGUUCGCAUUCCACGGCGCGAGUACGGGCCGUCACGCCGCACGAAGGAGGACGAAGCACGCUCCAUUCUCGCAUCUGUUGUCCUCUCCCACAUUGAGGUCCGCAACUUUGACAUGCGGCCCAAGUGCAUCUACCUGUGCGUGAUGGCACGUCGCAUGAUCGCUGCAAUCCGCAACAAGAGCGGAGGUGACGACCGCGACUACUACGGCAACAAGCGGCUGGAGCUCGCCGGAUCCCUCAUGGCCCUCCUCUUCGAAGACUCCUUCAAGACACUCAACGGACGGAUCAAGCGAGAGCUUGACCACACGUUUGUGCGCGUGACGGCGCGAGCGUUUGAUCCGGCGCAGAUUAUCCGCGCCAACCCAAUCACCCAGGCGAUCAACUAUGCGAUUUCGAGCGGCAACUGGAACCUGAAGCGCUUCCGCAUGGAGCGUGCCGGUGUCACGUCGGUCCUGUCGCGCCUGUCGUUCAUCGCUGCACUCGGCAUGAUGACACGCAUCACCUCUCAGUUUGAGAAGACACGCAAAGUGAGCGGCCCUCGCUCCCUCCAGCCGUCCCAGUGGGGAAUGCUCUGCCCAAGCGAUACGCCCGAGGGCGAGACGUGCGGUCUUGUGAAGAAUCUUGCGCUCAUGUCGUACGUGACUGUCGACGUCGACGAAGCCCCGCUCAUCAGGCUCGCGUACAACCUUGGCGUUGAGGGGCUGAAUCUUGUCAACGGGGAGGAGUUUUCGCAUGAAGACACAUAUGUCGUGUUUGUCAACGGUACCAUGCUCGGCGUCACGCGCAGCCCACACCACCUUGUGCGAGCGGUGCGGUUGCUGCGUCGUGCCGGCCGCAUCAACGAGUUUGUGUCGGCGUACAUCAGCGCCUCAACCCGGACUGUCCACAUCGCCAGCGACGCAGGCAGAGUCUGCAGGCCGUACAUUAUUGUGGAGCACGGGCAGCCGCUGGUGACGCCGCAGCAGCUGCGCGACCUCGCUCUCGGCAUCCUCCACUUUGAUGACUUCAUCAGACUCGGGGUGGUCGAGUACCUUGACGUGAACGAGCUGAACGACAGCCUGAUUGCGCUGUACGAGAAGGACAUGUGCGAAGAGACGACGCAUCUUGAGAUUGAGCCGUUCACAGUUCUGGGCGCCUGUGCGGGCCUCAUUCCAUAUCCGCACCACAACCAGUCCCCGCGAAACACCUACCAGUGCGCCAUGGGCAAGCAGGCAAUGGGUGUCAUUGCCUACAACUACCAACGCAGGAUCGACACGCUGCUGUAUGCGCUCAUGUAUCCGCAGCGGCCGCUGGUGAAGACAAAGACCAUUGAACUCAUCGACUUUGAGAAGCUGCCGGCUGGGCAGGUCAGCUGUGAAGCCCGGGUUUGCGCGUCUGGACCGCGAUGGUAUCGUCGCUCCCGGCGAAUCCCUCAAGGACAGAGUAAGCCCCCCUCCCAUACCACCACCACCUCUGGUGUUCGCUUCUGCACAUAUGCCACGCGUGUGCCUGGCGUGUGCGUGCGUUUUGCGACCAUGCGUCACCGAUUCACUGUUGCUGCUGCCAUUCACCAUGUGCACCUCCACCCUGUCUCCGCCUUGUCUCAUCAGGAUGUGCUGGUGAACAAGGAGGUGCCUGCUGGGACGGUGAUGGAAGGCAACAAGCGCCGCACGGUGUACACGCCGGCACCAGUCAAGUUCAAGGGUGCCGAGGGCUGUGAUGCAUACUGCGACCAGGUUGCUGUGACAUCAUCAUCGGAAAACUACAUGAUCAUCAAGAUUCGUGUGCGCAGUACGCGUAUCCCUGAGCUUGGCGACAAGUUCAGCAGCCGUCACGGGCAGAAGGGCGUGUGCGGUCUCAUUGUGAACCAGGAGGACAUGCCAUUCAACGAUCAGGGGGUGUGUCCCGACAUGAUCAUGAAUCCACACGGGUUUCCGUCGCGUAUGACCGUCGGGAAACUGAUGGAGCUUGUUGGCGGAAAGGCGGCUGUCUUGUCCGGUAACUUCAACUACGGAACCGCUUUUGGCGGCACCCCGCUCGAGGAGAUGUGCGAGACGCUGGUUGAUCACGGGUACAACUACCACGGCAAAGAGUUUCUGACCUCCGGCAUCACUGGCGAGCCGCUGGAGGCGUACAUCUUCUUCGGGCCCGUCUACUACCAGAAGCUCAAGCACAUGGUCAUGGACAAGAUGCACGCACGUGCGACGGGUCCCAUCACGCUGCUGACGCGCCAGCCAACGGAGGGUCGAUCGAGACAGGGUGGCCUGCGCCUUGGCGAGAUGGAACGUGAUUGCCUCAUUGGUCACGGCACGAGCAUGCUGCUGCUGGAACGCCUCAUGGUCUCCUCAGAUGCCUUUGAGGUGACCGCCUGCUCCAAGUGCGGCCUUCUCGGCUACGCUGGAUGGUGCCAGUACUGCAAAUCAUCAGCCAACGUAUGCAAGCUUGAGCUGCCGUACGCGUGCAAGCUGCUGUUCCAGGAACUUCAGAGCAUGAACAUUGUGCCGCGCCUGACACUCCAGCACUACAGCGAGCAAUAG